CUACCACCACUGCAACUCCUCCUAUGGCUCACCGCGACCUUCCACACGAGAUUGACUACGAUUCCGAGUUGCGAUGAACCGAGGGGAGAAGCCGGGUACCGCCGCCAAUACCAGCCACGCACAGCAAUUCCAACCCCCAGACAAGCCUCUCAGGAUCCGUCCGGCGCCGGUAUCUCACGCGUCCAGGGGGCCGUCGGCCUUGACGACUAGAACCGAAACCCCAGCGUCUUCCGCAUCGACGUCGAGGUCCUGGAAGAGAAACUCGUUCCCCGCCGGCCGGCGCGAUCAGACAACUCUGACGCAGAUUGAUUUCGUCACGCCGAUCUCCCAGGAUACUGGGUCGAAUGACGAUGACCUCGACUAUAUCGACGAGCGAUCUCGCAGUCGUCGGCGGAAUCCGCGCGACGUGAUUGAGAUUGACGAUGAUUCUGGCAAUGAUGCUGAGCAACAGCCCCCGUCGCGUCGGCAGCCGAAUCGGACCCGCGGGGUCAGGUUCGAGCAAGGCGCAAAGGACGACACACCCAGGCAGAAACGGAAGAGCUCACCGAGUGGAGGCGUGAUAAAACAGAGACGCAGGAAAAGCGGCGAAGGCAGCAAAAGCGCUAAAAAGGACAAAGACAGGGCGAAGGGGAAUAAGACCCUGACGCAGAUGGACUAUGUGCGGCGCUACCUGAAGAUCGAACCGGACGAGGAUGUGAAACUGGAGUACACAUACAUCACCCCGAAAAAGAGCGAUGAGCGUAAUCUCCAGCGAACAUAUACCCGGGACACGGAGGGUACGCCGUCACACCAGCACCAUGGCGAGCAAUCUUCGAGCGAGCGUAAGAGGAAGCUAAAUGGUGACGCAAAGCCAACAGAAGGUCGAGGAGAAAUGUCCGCAGGUCCGGUUACCCCGCGAAAACAAAUCAAACAUGAGAUACCUUCGUCACAGUCUCCAGAAAGCCCCGGGAUCGCGAUCAUCACGUCGUCACAGUUUCGUGGCGCUACUCGUUCUCCACAGAAGCUUGCGUCUGCAAGCACGGCUCGCAUCAAGGAAGAAUCGACUCGACUUUAUAACAUCAAAGAAGAAGCAUUCCAGGAUUCGGAACCGAUGUUGUUAUUCCCCGACGAGAUACCGUCACCUUCCAUUGUGCCGAAUUCCCCGCCAUCCCGUCAACAUACCAUAACCGACGAAGCAUCCAUCGAUGCCUUAGUCGGGCCAGCGAGGCCCCAAAACAUACCAGCCCCUGAAAACAACCUGGAGACCCCAGACGAUAGAGAAGCGCCUCUGAACACACAGCGAACGGUGGUAUACGAGACCGAUGCCGAAACAGACUCUGGUGACGACGAGGAGCUACCGGAUGCUCCUGGCUCUCCUCGAAACCCAAAAACCCUCGAUCAUAUUCCUAGAAUGGCCGAUGAUCUUGAAACGGAAUCUCCGAAUGGUGAAUCGGAAGACCAAGAUCUCCCACCCAUAAACCCAUCCGGGCUGGAUGUUGAAACCGAACCGCCUUCGGAAAUCAACCCAACCUCGGAAGCAUCUAUAUACUAUCAGAGACUACAGCCAGCGACGCAGUUCCCUCUUGGGUCAAUCCCCACUUUAAAUACCCAGAAAAUGGCCGAACUCUUCCCGGAAGACUCGAAUGACCAACAGAACCUCAGGACGAUGUCUCCGCUGCCUUCAUCUCCCCAAACGCAAAGCCGUGCGAUGCAUAAGCCCGACUGGCCGGUCAUAAGACAGACUCAAAUACCAGAUCCGGAUAGGAUUCAGACCGAAAUCGUCCCCGAGUCUUCACCUAUCGCACGCCAUGGAAAUGGCGCAGAAACCCAGGACUCGGUACCUCGAGAAUUCGUACAGGUUGAGUCCUCGCAGGCAGUAGACCGACUCGCGAAACACAACAGGGAGGAGGAUUCGGGCCCCCGGGGGAUCUUCUCGCGCAGUCAAAUCCUAACCUCGAGUGUUAUGGAGAGUAUCCCUCUCCCGGCAUUUCUGAUGGACAGCCAGGAUAGCGUUGGAGAACCCUAUAGCCAACCAGAGUAACCAGAGUCGUAGGGGCUGCUUAAUUAUAGAUACCAUACAUGGCGAUAAUCAUGACAUUAACGAGCGACGGCAAUCAACAAUUCAACAA